UCUCACUGUUCCAUAAACAGAAAAAAAUUGCUAUAUAUAUCAGAUACAGUGCCACAGUUGAGUGUUCAGUGCUCAAGUUCUUUCUCCACCAAACUUCAUUUCCUUUUCGAUAACAAAUCAUGUCAUCCACCACAACGGAUUCAGACUCUGCAUUUUUGGAACAAAUUCAGCACUAUCUCCUUCACAAUGAUUCAACCAUUGUAACACCAUCUCAAGCUUUUCCUUGCCCUAGCCAUGGCACUUGUUCGGAUGCAAGUGUCGAUUUUUCGCACCCUACUGAAGCGCGUGAUGAGAACGCGCCACCCAAGUGGAGGCGUUACAGGGGUGUGAGGCGACGGCCGUGGGGAAAGUUUGCAGCCGAGAUAAGGGACCCAAAGAAAAACGGUGCUAGGGUUUGGCUGGGAACUUACGUGACUGAAGAGGAAGCUGCUUUGGCUUAUGACAAAGCUGCCUUCAAAAUGCGAGGCCGAAAAGCUAAACUGAAUUUUCCUCAUCUCAUUGACUCUGAUGUGUCAUCGGAGCCACCAAGUGCGGCGGCUUUGAAGCGGAGCUUGCCAGAAUCUUGUCCACCGCCUCCACCAUCAUCAUCAUCAAUGGAUGAUAGUUGUUGUAAGUCACAAGGGUCAAAGAGGAGAAAGAACUUACUAAAUAACUUAGCCAAGAAUGGAAGAAGCCAAGCCAAGGUGGUGGAAAUGGCUUUAGAGGCAAAUGUGGUUCAACAAUGGCUGAAUGAUUUCAGUGAUUGCACUCUAAUCUGGUGUUCCUAGUGUUACUCUUGUUCUCUCUUUUUCUAGUUUCAAAUUCUGAUGUUUGUAAACAAUUAUGAAAUAGUCAUAUAUAUGAGCAUAUAAAUUAAAC